AUGAGGUACCACUCGACGCAGAAGUUAAGCCAACCAGUGAUUGCACGUUCAAGAACAACAGCAGAGAACAUACACAUAACCGAUCGGGUCGGGUUGCUUCUUUCCACAGGAAAUAUCAGAGGCAUUGUGGAUCCAAAGCUAGGAGAGAGGUUUGAUGCUGGUUCGGCUUGGAAGAUCACAGAAGUAGCAAUGGCUUGUGCGUCUCGUAGCUCUAAAAAUAGACCUACGAUGAGUUUGGUGGUUGCUGAGCCGGCGAUGACGGCUGUUCACUCGGGAAUGUUUCCUCAGGCGAGUUUGAGUUCCUAA